AUGGCAAAAUUAGUUCAUGAUGUGCAAAAAAGGCAGCACAGAGAGCGUUCUCAGGUUACUAGUCGUGCAAGACUAGGUUUCCUUGAAAAGCACAAAGAUUAUGUUAAGCGUGCUCAAGAUUAUCAUAAGAAACAGAAUACUUUGAAAGUAUUGAAGACUAGGGCCAAAGAACGUAAUCCUGAUGAGUUUUACUAUGGGAUGAAUUCUAGAAAAGUAGAUUCGAAGGGACUACUAAUAACAUCUCGUCGUGGUGAAGAUGAAGAUGAAUCUCUCUCGAUGGAUCAGGUAAAAUUGUUGAAGAGUCAGGAUAGUAACUAUGUGAGAACUAUGAGACAACAAGAAUUAAAUCAAUUAAAGAAGAAGACAAAUAAAUUAAUGUUCCAGGCUAGUGGUAAACAUACCGUAUUUACAGAGAAUAGAGAAGAAAGAGAUAAUUUCGAUGCUGCUGAGUUCUUUGACACUACAGACGAUAUGUUAAACAGACGAGAAAAUAGACUUACAAAGGAUCAAUUAACAAUGAGUCUAACGAAAGCCUCUUUAGAUGCUGUAGAUUCUAUAAUGCCAAAGGAAUCCCUUGAUAAGAAGAAAGUCAAAAAAUUUAAGAUCGUCAAACAGCAUAUUGAACGAGAAAAUAAACUGAAAGAAGUUCAAAGACGUAUGGAUAUGCAAAGAGAAGUUAUGAAGAAUGGUUCUAAGAAAAAAAUUGUGGAUAAAAAGGGUAACGUCUCUUUCAAAUGGAAGAAACAACGUAAGCGUUAA